CUUCCUUCUUUCAGGUUGGAGCCUGCUGCAGAAAGGUGGUUGACACCAGAUCUGAAAAAGUAUUCCCAUCAACUCACAAUCAACACAGAGACUAUGAAUAGACUUCUUAAACUAUCUCACAACAAGAGGAAGGUAACCUGUGUGGAAAAGAUUCAGACACAUUCUUAUCAUUCAGACAGAUUAAGUUGCCCUGAGGUGCUGUGUGCAGAUGGCCUGACUGACCGCUGUUACUGGGAAGUUCAGUGGAGUGGAGAUGUAAAUAUCUCUCUGAGUUACAAGAGAAUCAGUAGGGGAGAAAGUCAUGAACACAGCUUAUUUGGAAAAAACAAUCAAUCCUGGAGUUUGUACUGCUCGAGUCAAGAUGGUUACGCUGUGUGGCACAAUAACAGCAAAAUUUCCAUCCCCUCUUCCAUUACAAAGAUAGUAGCAGUAUUUGUGAAUUAUCCUGCUGGCAUUCUGUCCUUUUACAAAGUCUCCUCUGGUAAAUUAAUCCAUCUCCACACCUUCUCCACCACAUUCACAGAAAAACUUUUUCCAGGGUUUGGAUUCUGGUCAGUCAAUUCCUCAGUGAUUCUCUGUUGAGUGUUACUGCAAGGUUAAAUUUAAGGCCAGAACCAAUUUAACAAUCACAUUUGAACAAAGUGAAUUAAAUAAUAGCAACAUUGACUGGUUUGUGGGAAAGAAAAACAGCAAUAUUCUAGUCCACCAACCAAAUUAAUUCACCAUUAAAGAAGAUUCUCUUCUCAGUGUUUUGAUAAUCCAUCAAAUUCCCUUAUAAUCCUAGUCCGGAUCUUGAGGAACUGAUAUACACUGUAAUUCCAAAUUAUUUAGCAA